GGGGUGCGGGUUAUUCUGCCCAUGGAAGAGAAGCUCAAGGAAGCGGGUUGGGGUGCCGCAACUUCCGCCGCCAUCGGCAAGAUAAUAAGCCAUUCGUUCAACACCCCCGUCUCCUACCCAAAACUUGGUAUGACCGGCGCAGCCAUAGCCACUCUCGUGUAUUGCCCGACCAAGAAUUACUUCGCGCAGCAGCGUCAGACCGAGGACGCGCUGAACCAUUUCUUUGCGGGAAGCAUCAGUGGAUACAUCCUGGGCGCAAUGCUGUCGACAGCCAAGAACUUGACAACUCACGGGUUGGUGGUUGGAGGGGUCGGCGGAAUGGGGUUAUUCUUUGGGGGGGGGCUCCUGGAUGCUCUGAGAUUACGAGUGGGAAAGAGCAUCUACGAGAGGAGAAAGAACGAUAGGCCGAUCCAAGAGCUGCAGAGUCUUUAUGAAAGGGGAAGCCUGACGUACAACGAGUACCUCGACGAGCUAGCAAGCCUGAAAAGGAAGAAAAUCCUGACCCUGAAAGAGGAGCUGAAAGAGGAGGAGCCUUGGUGGAUGACGUACCUGCCUGUGAGGAAGAUGACAGAGGAAGAGAUUGAGAUGCAUGCGGAGAACUGCCGGAGGAUAGAGAGCAGCUCGCUAAGACGCACGUUGACCGAGAGAAAGUCAGGCUAA